AUGGGAUCGCCAGAGAAGAGACGUCGAUUGAUAGAAGACUUGGACGAAGCUUCGGUAUCUGCACCUCCUCCUUCCAGGCCUCCUCUAAAGAAGAGAUUUACUGGUACAUUUCAAGUGCCUCAAGCUGCUCCUUCAACUUCAUCUACUCUGGUCAAGGAAGCAGCACCAGCAAUCGCUAAGCAGAGAGCACCUUCUCCCUCCAUCACUGUCUCGGAGAAUCUGGAAGACUACACCAAAGAUGAAUUGCUGCAGAAUAUGCGUCUGACCAAGGAUCGAGUUGUACAGAAAGAAACACUGUACGAAUCUGUCAAAGACAAGUAUCUGAGCAAAGAGACUCGACAGGGCUUGUUCAGAAUUGAUUGGGGACUAAUUCAAGCUGAAAUCGUCUUUAUGGCUAAAAUUCUUAUUGGAGCCGAAUUACCAGAGCCCUCAGAACUUCCACAUCGCAAUCUAUCAGUCGAACAGCAAAAAGAGUGGUGUUAUCGAAAUCAACUCGCCCUCAAAGAAAUUGGAACAAAGUCGCUGACUCGCCUUGAAAGCUGGAGUCAACAAGCAGAUUUAAUACAGAGGAAAUAUCGUUUAGAAGACGAUAUCAUGCUCCAAAAAGUUAUUGUCUCGGAUUGGCUCAAGACAGAGAUCCAAGACCUACAUACUUCGUACAAGAGAGGACAGCAAGUGAUGAUUGAAUUGCAAAAAAGCUUGGAUAGUUUAUUGGAACAGAUCAACCUCGUCAAAGGCAAUGUGAAGAUGGCUACCACAGAAGUGAAAUCAGCUGCAGAACGCUUAGACGACUGUAUUCAGGAAUUAGCACUCGCUUGCAAGCGCCAAGAUCGCAGUAAGAGCCAAUUAGUGGCAGCUCUGAGCUAUGGUGGAUUGGGAGAUUUAGCAGAACGUCCAACAGACACUGAAACGACUGUAAAGGAAGAAACUAAGCAGAUUCAGCUUAAAAGGGAAGGUGUUGAAGAUUCAAUGUCUGCAUCUAUGAAUGAACAAGCCAUCAAAACACAAUUUGAGGAGCAUAAACUGAUUUUAGCAGCCAGAGACAAGGAGUUUGACAACCUGAAGCGAGAUCGACAAUUGCUGCUACGAGAUGAAGAGCGAUUAUUGUCCAUGUUCACUAUGGGGGAAGAUCGACUAUUGGAAACAGAAUACGUCAAAACUUUGAAACUGUCGAUUGAACACUAUAGAGACAGAUGCUAUCACUUGGAGCAAAGACGCACAGAUAUUGAACGAGAGAUGGACAAGAUAUCUGCCAGCAGACAGCAACUCGUAGAACAAGUCAAGUCAGAAAAGAUGGCUCAGGGCAUCACCAUGGAAGCAGAAAUGCGCCGAUUAGAAGGCGAUUUGAACCGUAUUCGAGGACAGCGAGACCAUUUCCAGCUAUUGGUGGAAGAGCAAAAGAUCAAAGAGGGUCGUGAAAGAGAAUUGCAGGAAAAAAUCAUUUCAUUUGCAAACCAAGGCAAAUUAAGGAUUGCGUCUUUGAAAGCUCGCAUCAGCAAGCUGAAAGCAGAGCAAGAAAUGGCUGGUCCAUUCGCUAAAGAAGCAAACACAUUUAACGAGCUAAAAAGCAACUUGAGUCAUUUGAAGAUCAUGCUAUCCUCGCUAGAAAUGAUUGAGAGACGCACAACGCCCAUGCACCUAUCUUCAGUAUCUGUUUUGGAGGAGCAAUUGAACAAAUGGAGCUCGAAUGCAUUGAUUCAAGCCUAUGAUGUCGUAUUGAGUGAAUCACAAAAGUCAAGCUUGAUGAUUGAUUUUUUGGAGGAAAAUGAAAGUCAUUUACUGAAGGAAAUUGAUCGAGAUAUCAACAGUGUAUUAGAAGAGCAACAAGGCAAAAAAGAGUUUGAUUUGGCGCCAAAACGAGAACAGGCAUUGAAGUUACAGGCAGAGAAAUCAAAAUAUGCGCAAACAUUUGCUUCGUUGCUAGCAGCCAAAGAAAAGCAGAUUGCCACAGUAUCGACACUAAGAAUGACUAAGGAAAAGCAGCAAGAAUUAAUCAGACAACUUGAAGAGAGGGAAAAGGCACUGGAGGCGCAAGUUAAUGACAAGGAGAAUGAGAUUCGCAAAUUAUACAAGACCAUCGAGGAAGACAAGACAGACUUAGAGGACAUUGGUCAUUUAUGCGAAGAUUACCGCAUCUCUAUUGACCAGAACGAGGUUAUGCUCACUGAACUUCAAAAGACGUUGAAAGAAAAGACUCGACUUUUAGAUGAGGAAAAACGACUCAAGGAACAGACAGAGGAAAAUCACGAAAAGAUGAAGAAGAAGUGGGACAAGAUUUCGCAAGGAGACAAUCCAGCAGAGCAGCAAUUGAUAGAUGAAUGCGAAGAGCUUAGAGCACUGCUAAAGUGUAGCACUUGUCGCCAACGAUUCCGAACUCAUAUCCUUACUCGUUGCAUGCACACAUUUUGUAAAAACUGUAUAGAUGCAAGAUUGGAAACUCGUCAACGAAGAUGUCCAACUUGCAGUGAACCUUUUGGUGCAAAUGAUGUUAAAAAUUUCUAUCUGUAA